AUGGACAUUGAUGAAAAGGUUAAAAAAAACCAAGCCGCAGAUUCUCAUAUGACUUCCUCAAUGUUUGACAAUGAAGUUGUCAACAAAUUUGUGAAUUGCAUGAUGUGGGAUGGCAAGAAUUUAUUUCCUAAGUUACAUAGGCAAAAAAAAAAAUCCCAACCUGACUUGGUAGAAACAGAUCCAUUGCAAAUUUUUCUUGAUGCGAUUGAGAAUUCCAAGCCCAUCAUAGGAGUAAGAGCAAAAAAAAAAGGGGGCAACAUGUACCAGGUGCCAACCCCAAUCAACCAACGGCAAAAAAAAUUUUUGGCCAUCAAAUGGCUUAUUACAGCUGCUCGGGAACAGCAAAAAGGCAAUGCUCGAAUGUACAAGAAACUCGCCAAGGAGCUGCUGGAUGCUUACAAUAAUGAGGGCACUGUCAUGAAUAAGAAGCACGAACUACACAAAAGAGCGGAAGACAACAGGGCUUAUGCACACUAUCGGUGGUGGUAACACUGUACAACAAAACACUGUUGAAUGCCACGACUUUCCCUCUUUUUGCCUGU